AUGCCUUACAAACAGAUAGAACACCCAGCACACUGCUCUUUCUCUCUCUCUGUUUAUGGAAACAAUGUAGAGAUUCAAGCUUUAUCAGAAAUGUACAAUCGGCCUAUUCACAUUUACUCAAAUAGUACAGAACCUAUCAACAUAUUCCAUGGCAGCUAUAAUACUGACACACCAGCUAUAUGUCUAAGUUACCUUCAUGGGAAUCAUUACAACUCACUUGUUGAUCCACGUCGGUUGACAGUUGGUGCUGGACUUGGAUUUAGCUGCCUGCAUGGGACAAACGUUGAUAAAGAUCAGGUCAAAGGUGCCAUCAAAGCUCAACAGGACCAACAGAUUGAUAAUGCAAGUAUCUUGUUGGGUAUUCAUUCAUUGGCACUCUUAGCUGAGGGACGCCUUUGCUCAGAUCUUGAGCUCACUGAGAAGGAAAUUGAACGCAUGGUAAUGGAAGCUUCUACUAGGGUGGAGUAUCUUGCUAAUGACAAGUUCAAUCAGCAACUUGGUCAUAGAGAAACUUCGACUUCUGGUGCUGAGCCAUCAUCCUCUGGUGCAAGGCCAUCACGAAGCGACACCAAGCCUGAAGGUAAGUGGGAGCGUGGCUUGCCAGAUGCUGUUCUCAGCAGCAGCAUGCAGAUGGUGCUGUCAAUGGGCUUCAGCUAUCUGCAGGUGAUCGAGGCUUACAGCAUAUUUGGGGAUGAUGCUGACUCUAUGGUUUGUUAUAUGUUGGACGCCAGCAGCGGCAGCAGGCGCAAAGGCAAGGCAACUGAGUGAGCAAAAUCUCGAAUCCUCGCAAUGUGGAUUCCAUCAAAGUUGGGUUCUGCUUGGGAGCAAUAUUAGCCUUAGUGAAGGACUCCAGUUCUCGGAGACAGGGAAACCACCUUCAGAAUUCUGAAUAGGCUUUUAUUCUAGGUGAACAAAAUAAGUGUGUUUUAGUAAUGCAUUUGAUUUGAUCAAAGAAGUUGAGACCUUACUGGUCUAUUAUAUGCUAAUAGGCAUUUUAUACCCAUGGCAUGGCAUGGCAUUUGUACAAAUUAUGUGGUGCGACUGUUUUAAUGGAACAUAAUUGUCAGGAAACAUCUUGCUUCGAUUAGAUGUCA